CACAUGUUGACGCUUGCAAUAAACUAGAGAAGACAGAAUAAGCCGAAGAGAAACCGAGGGGAGUCGGGGAGAGGCGAUCGACCGGUUGGCUACUCGUGUGAAGACAUUGCUAAGCUGCUAUUAUUUAUUUUCCCAGAUUUGCAAAUAAAUUGUACUAACGCUGGUGUCACUGACUGUUGUGGUUCGGUCAGUUCAUGGAUUAAGUUUUAGUAUCGAUCAAUACUAAAACCUGGUCCGUUUAGGAGACAGUCACAACAACACAAACAUUGAGGCACAUGACAGCUACGACACACAAAUACACGUUCGGUGUCACCUAGAGCCGGCAAAACGACGACAGGGUGGGGUGACAUGAGGACAGAGAGGAACAAAACAGAAGCAGAAUAGGAGUAGCUAUCUUGACAGAGUGAUGCAGUCCUCGCACGGCUCCUUGUGCUCCAACGACAGCCUCUCAUUCAGCGACGCCGAGCACACGGAGGAGGACGCAGACGUGUUCCUCCCUGAGGCCGCCGGGGGCGAGCGACAGCCCGGUACGCCCCCCCUCCCUCGGCAUGUUGCCGGCGUCUCGCGCCUGAGUUCAUGGCAGCAUCGCCAUGCUUUCGGGAACGGGGACAGGUCCCUUGGUGGGAACCAGCCGCACUGUGCUUUCCACUCCAUGCUGGUGACCUCAACUAGCAGAGCGAGCCGGGACAAGGGGAGUCCGAAGCAGACUGAGGGGGGGUCACGCUUUGCCCAGAAGUGUGCAGAACUUCAGGUCUUCCUCAGACCCCUGCUGGACCUUCUGAACGGCCUUAAGAAUGGAAGGUUCGACAGAGGUCUUAACAGUUUCCAGCAGAGCGUUGCUAUGGAUAGAAUCCAGAGGAUUGUGGGAGUUUUGCAGAGACCCACCUCUGGAGAAAAGCACCUCAACACCCUCCUCCAGGUGGAAAUACUGCUGAAGCUGUGGUUUCCGGGUAUCUCCCAUCACGCCCCCGCCAGCCAACGGCUACCCUCAGGCCACAAUCACCCCCCAGUCACCCCACCCCACAAACACAAAGACCAGCUGCACAUACCCGUCAAGAAGCGCAAACUGAGCUGGUCAGACACGGACAGCACCUACUCACCGACUCUCAGCUUCCGACAAGUGAAAGUGGAAGAGGAAGGAAGAGACGGCCACAGGGCAACAGUAGUGAUCGGCUCAGAGCAGAGAGGGAGCUCACUUACCGGGUCAGAAGAUCCAGUGGGAACUGGGAAAGAUGAUAAGGUGGAAACUAGGGAAGGACAAUCAUCUGGUUAUAAAGUCACCCACGUGUCCGAGCCAAGUCUUACUUGGGUCCAUGUUGCACCUAUACUUAGCCCCCCGAAAUCUUGCCCCUCCCACAACAGUAGAGAGAGCAAACAGGGAAAUUUUACCGUAGUUGCUGUUACCCCUCCAACCACUAGGGGCAGUCCAGCAACACAGGACAGCUCCAUUUCCUCUACCACCCCAUUGUCAGAUCCACGCCACCUUUCUUUCCAGAUCUACCAGCCAAUGGAGUUCCAGCGUGAACUUGUUACAGCAGAAAUUUUGGCUGUGGGGGGGUAAGGCCACGGAGAUAUUUCAGGGGCCGAGUAAAUCUCCUCAUCUUUUUUGAACCCUUUAUACUUUGUUGAAGCUGGGAGCCGCACGCAGACUUGAAACUUGGCACACAGGUAUCCAGAAUCCAACCUGUGUUUUGCAUUUUUGUCACUGCACUAAUUUCUUUGUUGGGGUGGAAGGAUGCCGAGUUAAUGUGAUCUUGAGGAGUAAUUCUUUAUAUAGUAUUUUUUUUGUUGUAUCCAAUUCCAAAGUUGUGUAAUUGCUAAUUGGGGAACCGUCAAAUGAAUUUAUAAGAAAAGCAUUUUGACUUCCAUGACAGAAUCAUACCUUACGCAAGUACUAUUGGUUAAUCCACUCAUCUAGGGUAAAUUCCUCUACUGUGAGCUUAUGACUUCUGGUAGUGUAGCAAUAUCAGUCUGACAUUACAAAUCUGGGAACUGUGAUGGUACGAAAACCGUUUACCUCAUGUGGAAGCAGCCACAAGGCAUGAAGUAUCACUGUAGGACAACGUCCAACCUUUCAAAGUGCUCCUUGAACCAGGACAUCAGUGUUAUAGAAGGUGGUGGUAACCAUGGUGAUCUUUGUAAGCAACAGUGUUACCAGUAAUGAGGUAGACGUGGUAGAUCGGACUGAAGCCCCAACAGGGAACCGAUGUCCUAAACUCACAGUCUUUCAGCAUCAAAGGCUACAUUUAUUUAAAGGGCAUGAGUGAAACAGGAACACGAGUCUGCUUUGCAGAGCAACAGAACCAAAAAGCUUCACAACAAAAAUAUAAAAGCUGGGUCAAACCGCCAAACAAAAUAAUCCCACAGUUGGGCGGUUUUUCUCAAAGCAUGUUCAUGGAACUGCGUUCAAGUUUGAAACAUUAGAUACCUAAAUGAGUUUAGCUGAGUUUAGCAGGGCUAAAGUGGGCUUCCUGAGUCAGACCAGAUUUCAGUAUUUAUUUAUUCAUCAAUUUUAUUUUUGCAUCUAUUUAUUUCUUUAUUUAUAUGGUUAUUUAUAUGGCCUUAGACUGAUACACUAUAACUUAUGUACCUGGGUAUUUUUGCGACGAUGGAUUGAAUAAGUACAUUGUAGAUUGGAUCACUGUGCCUUUUCAAAACUAGACAUUUACAAAAGUGACUUUUAUACUGUUUUUGAUUUUUUAAAAAACAAAAAUGUGUGGUGCCCAGUGACCAGACUCCAGUUUGGAUUUUCUCAUACCUCGUAAGCCUGUGUGGUCUUGACAUCUUAGACUGGCUUCGAGAGCCAGAACCCCGACCCAAUAGCACCCUCCCUCCCUCAGUAAUUCAAGGGAGCGUCUAGUGACCUAGCUGUGUGUGAAAUCCGCAUUUCAUCCAUACAUAAGGAAUUUCGUGUUCAAUGUUGCUGUCCGAUCUGAGAGACGUGAUUGAUGAGGUUAGACCGCAGAACGCAUGGUAGACAGAUGCCAGUGAAGCUCGCAGUGUCGCCGCGUAAGACCUUGAGGGGAUGCUGUUCUUAUGCCAGCACCGUGUAGCGAUGUAGUAGCCAGCAGCACCUUCUCUCGUUCUCGUCUCCUCCCCGUUCACCUACCCCCCCCCCAUUCCUCCUCCUCUUCCCAUUUUUUUUCCACCAGCAGUUUGCACCAUCCUCCAUUUACUCCUGCGACUGUUUCUUAGACGAUGAUGUGGAAUGAAAGAGUUUUAAUAAACGACAGAUUUUGGGCAAAAA